AUGGAGCACUUAAUGCCAGGAUUUGACGUUCUGAUCUCACAAGUGAGCAAAACAGGCAGUUUUUACAUGACCACCUUUGCUCUUUUUCUUUACCACGUUGUGUUUGAUGAACACUUGAAAUGCACUUGUAAACAUGGUGUUAAACCAGAGGUCACUUAUAACCAGUGUCACAUCUACAUGGUGUUGCCAGCUCUGAUCUUGAUUCUCUUGACUCUCUGGAUGGAUGGACAGUUUCAACGUAUCUUGAGAAUGACAUGCAGAUGCAGAUGCAGAUGUAAUUUGUGGGGAAUACUGUUGGCAAUCCUCAUUAAGGCGGCUGCUAUAGGGUUGCUGUGGGUUGUGUCUGUACUCCUUGAUGGGGACUGGUACGUGUGCUAUCAAAGAGCAAUGCUUCCCUGCAAGAACAACACUGAUGACACACCCUACCAAGAGGAACUAGAAAAGCAACUCGAAACACAUUUCAAAAGGGAGUCCAUGGUGAGUACCUUUCAUUAUUUACUUGUUAUUGAUUAUUGAAAGUCUCCAGAUUAUUGAGGGGUGGAGACCAAAGUAUUGAGGGGGGGUGGAGACCAUAGUAUUGAGGGGGGGGGUGGAGACCAGAGUGUUGAGGGGGGGUGUAUCAUUGUAUUGAGGGGGCGACCAGAGUAUUGAGGGGGGGUGGAGGCCAGAGUAGUGAGGGGGCGAUCAGAGUAUUGAGGGGAGACCAGAGUAUUGGGGGGGUGGAUACGAGUAUUGUUUGGUAUCAAUAUUAAAUUACCUUUAACAUUUUGUUUCAGGUUUAUGGCUUGGUACUGGUUCUGGUUCUGCUUUUUGCAACUUCUAUUCUGACUGCAAUACCUUGGAGGGAUAUCUGUUCUAUUCUGACUGCAAUACCUUGGAGGGAUAUCUGUUCUAUUCUGACUGCAAUACCUUGGAGGGAUAUCUGUUCUAUUCUGACUGCAAUACCUUGGAGGGAUAUCUGUUCUAUUCUGACUGCAAUACCUUGGAGGGAUAUCUGUAGUAGAUGUUCAACGUGUACGUGCAGUAACUGUUUCAGGACGGACUGUAAAAUCAAACCAUAUCACAGGGCACUGUUUGAGGAGAAUAUUAGGGAACAGACAGAAAUUCUCAUUGAAAACGACUUCAAGACAACAGCUAAGGAGUGUGUAGUUCUUAAAAUCAGAGAACUACUACAGCCCCAUUCGACUGCAGCCCCUUCAGACACCACCACACAGGGAGGAGGCGGGGCAACCUCCACAACCACCACCACACAGGGAGGAUGCGGGGCAACCUCUUCAACCCCCACCACACAGGGAGGAGACGGGGCAACCUCUUCAACCCCCACCACACAGGGAGGAGACAGGGCAACCUCCACAACCCCCACCACACAGAGAGGAGGUGGGGCAACCUCCACAACCCCCACCACACAGGGAGGAGACGGGGCAACCUCCACAACCCCCACCACACAGGGAGGAGGCGGGGCAACCUCCACAACCCACACCACACAGGGAGGAGACAGGGCAACCUCUUCAACCCCCACCACACAGGGAGGAGACGGGGCAACCUCUUCAACCCCCACCACACAGGGAGGAGGCAGGGCAACCUCCACAACCCCCACCACACAGGGAGGAGACAGGGCAACCUCUUCAACCCCCACCACACAGGGAGGAGGUGGGGCAACCUCUUCAACCCACACCACACAGGGAGGAGGCGGGGCAAGCAGCAGCACCACCCGUCCUGAGGUGGAAGAUAGUAGGAGCAGCACCACCCGUCCUGAGGUGGAAGAUAGUAGCAGCACCACCCGUCCUGAGGUGGAAGAUAGUAGCAGCACCACCCGUCCUGAGGUGGAAGAUAGAGUGAUCACCUUUGACAACCUUGAUUUUGACAAGAUAUCUGAUCUACUUUCUGAUAUAAUCAGCUCUUUGUUCCCUGAACCUCCUCGAACCAGGGUCUAUAAUGAUGCCUCUAUCACUGAGAUGCAAUGCCUUAGACAGCUGUACCACUCAGUAGCCCAAUAG